GUGUAAACACAAGGAUAAUGUUUUGAUAUGGGCCGGUCUUUUCGGCGCCGACACCCGCAAUUGCCUUCGCGAAUGAGAUAACUAUUUCGGAGCUUACAAUGCUCCGUGUGUUGCGUCGUCGAAAUCUGGUGCUGCGCUGGACGGGUGGUCGUCGCACAACGACAGGUUUUAUCGUAAGAGGAUACGGAUCUGCACACGAUAUUGCUUCCGCCUAUCAACCGGCGCACGUAGAAAGAAGCAGUACAUCCGGCACAGUUCCGCAGCUUCCGGCUGAAUAUGGACCAAAAGGGCACACAACCACACCGUUUAAUCUACUUCUACCACCACCAAACGUAACCGGUGAUCUUCACCUGGGCCAUGCACUGACCUGCGCCGUACAGGAUGCAUUGACCAGGCAGGCACGACUGUUGGGUGCACGGGCAACCUGGAUUCCGGGCAUGGAUCAUGCCGGUAUUGCAACGCAAGUGGUCGUAGAGAAACGCCUGUUCAAAGAACAGAACAUUACCCGUCACGAGCUCGGGCGGGAAAAGUUUCUGGAAGAAGUAAUGCGAUGGAAAAGCGAAAAGGAAGAAAGCAUCCGGAUGGCGCUGAAGAAGCUUGGCUGUUCGAUGGACUGGAGCAAGGAGUAUUUUACAAUGGAUGCCCACCAGUCGGUAGCGGUAAAGGAAGCGUUUGUACAGCUGUUUGAGAAAGGGUUAAUCUACCGCGAUCGAUCGCUUGUCAACUGGUCCUGCACAUUGGAAUCCGCCAUUUCGGACGUGGAGGUAGAAAAUGUGGAAAUUGCCGGUCCCACAGAAAUAGCAGUACCGGGGUACGGAAAAAACAUCACCUUCGGCCGUAUGGUGGACAUAGCGUACAAGGUGCAAGGAUCGACGGAAGAGAUCGUCGUUUCCACGACACGCCCGGAAACGUUUCUCGGUGAUGUGGCGGUUGCCGUACAUCCGGAUGAUGGUCGCUAUUCGCAUCUACGAAACAGAGCAACCUUCCUGUGGCAUCCGGUAAGAAAGGAGGAAAUUCCGCUCAUUUUCGACAGUGCGGUCGAUCGGUCGUUUGGAACGGGCGCGGUCAAGAUAACGCCGGCCCACGAUCGGUUCGACUUUGAGAUGGGCCGCCGACAUCAUCUGGCAACGGUCGAGGUGAUCGAUGAGCGAGGCAUUGUGCAGCAACAUUUCGGCCCAUUCACGGGACUGCCCCGGUACGAGGCGCGGGAAGCGUUAAUGGACUAUCUAACGAAACUGUCGCUCGUGCGUGGUGUAAGGGCUCACGCGAUGCUUUUGCCACUGUGCUCACGGUCGAAAGAUGUGGUGGAGCUACUGCUGCGCCCGCAAUGGUUCGUAAGGUGUCACGCGAUGGCACAGCGAGCGAUGGAAGCGGUACGCGAUAACCAGCUCGCGCUAGUCCCCAAAGCGUUCGAAAGGGAAUGGUUCCGAUGGUUGGAAAAUUGUCACGAUUGGUGCAUUUCCAGGCAGCUAUGGUGGGGUCACCGCAUUCCGGCGUUCGUUGUUCGGUACGGCAAGGCACAGGAGCAGUGGAUAGCGGCACGAUCGAUGGAUGAAGCGCGCGCAAAGUGUGCCACAAUGCUACCGAACGUCCCACAGGACGCAAUUACCAUCGAGCAGGAUCACGAUGUACUCGAUACAUGGUUUUCUUCAGCGCUGCUGCCCUUUUCAUCGACCGGAUGGCCCGAAAACCCUUCCCAACACUUGUACCCACUCCAGCUGAUGGAAACGGGACAUGAUAUACUAUUUUUCUGGGUCGCACGUAUGGUAAUGCUCGGGCAGGAAUUGACCGGAACGUUACCGUUCGGUAAAAUACUGCUUCACGGCAUCAUUUGCGACGAGUCUGGAAGGAAAAUGUCCAAAAGCUUGGGGAACGUGAUAAAACCGGAUCAUGUCAUACAUGGCAUUUCGCUGGAUCAAUUACAAGCCGAAGCGGAAGCAUCACACCGGCAAGGCAUUCUGUCCAAGAGCGAGCUGUCCAAAUCAAUCGCUGGACAGCGUAAAAUGUUCCCAAAUGGUAUACCGGAGUGCGGUAUCGAUGCGUUACGCUUUACGCUGUGUUCAUCGAAUGUAAAAAAUCAUUUCAUACACUUUAAUGUGCAGGAAGCGUACACGAACAAGCUGUUUUUUAACAAAAUCUGGCAAGCCACCCGAUACACGUUGGCCUGUACGGAACGGUACGAUGCGACGUUGAACCGGGUCGAACAAACGUGCGAAGCAUUGCGGAAACAGGCACACCGGUUAACUUUAAUGGAUCGCUGGAUACUGAGCCGUCUAGGAAAUACGGUGCAACAGUGUCGGGAGGCGUUCGAGGGCUACAACUUUCAUCUGGCUACAGCGGCAUUGAAAACGUUCUUCUACACCAAUUUUUGUGACGUUUAUCUGGAAACGACAAAGAUCAACAUGAAACAAGGCUGCGCUACAACCGACGCAGCUCUAUUGCAUUGUGCCGUGCUCAAAUACUGCCUUACCGUUGGUCUACUUCAAAUGGAACCAUUCACUCCGUACCUAGCGCAGGAACUGCUGAAGCAUUUAGCCCCAUCGAGCACGGUGGCAAACGAGCUGGCGAGCGUUACGAGCUGGAUAGAUCCGUCGCUCGAAGAAAGUAUAGAUGCUUUGCUGAACAUAUGUCAGCACGUUAGACAGACGAAAAACGAACACAAUCCACCGAUCGCGCGGAAGCACAAUCCGAUCGUACACGUACACGCAAAGGAACGAGGGCUUGCCGAUCUAUUGGACACCCAACGGGACACGAUACAGCAGCUAACACACUGCAAUGGUAUCGUGUUGCAUGGCAACGAACGCACCUUCAACGAUGCACACUUUGUGGCCAAGUGUGCUCCAAGCCAUCACUGCAUCAUUGGAAUUGUGGCUGAAUCGUUGAUCAAAGGACCCACUGCUGCUGCUGCUGCUGCUGGAGAGGCAAGCAAAAAGAUGCUAGCGAAAUUAGACGCGGAAAUAGAGAAGCUUCUGAGGACAAUCGGGAAUGAAGGGUACAAAAAAUCGGCCAGCGAAAGUGUACAGAAACGCCACCAGGAGAAGCUGAACCGGUUGCAGCAACAGAAGGAAGAGCUGCUUAAAAUGGUGUCCUGAAAAUUGGGUGUUCUCGAAAGCCCGGUACUCUAGUCAGUGAUGGUGCAGUUACGCCAAAAGUGGUAGAUUGUGCCUAGUGGCAGUAAAGUGUUGGAAUACAUUUAAAUUUAUACGUGUCGAUAA